CACCCGGUGAAAUUGGACAGAUGUUUUAAUAACCGGCUAUCUUUCUUAAACAUGACGUGAGAUUGGAUUAACGCAUCGGGACAAUAUCGGCUGUUUCAUCUUCUGUUGAUCAAACAUGGCAUGGCGUUGUCACUUAUAGGAGGUCUUAACGUUUGUUUUUUAGCAUCUGUGCAAAUCUCAGUUUCUUUUCUAAUUGUGCAAAUAACACAUUUGCAACAAUAUCAGCUUUAUGGAUUUUAAAUUGUAAUCGUUUUUUUCAAGAUUAUUAACAGACAGAGAUGGGAAGUAACAACGUUUAUAUUAAUAGACUUGAAAUGUUGGAACUACAUUUGACCAUCCCUGCACACCUUUUCUUUGAAUAAAGGUUAAAUAUUAUUUGUUAGAGAGAUAUCUUUGUGUGUAAGACUUACAGUAGUGGCAUUUUUUUGCCAUCUGACUUCUCAUCUUAUUCAGGUAUAAUUUUGUGUCACACAGACAUCAACAAUGUGAUAGUUUGAGCAGCUUUAGUUAACAACUUGAUUUCUCCCUAUUGAAAUAGUUCUGUUAAAAUACUUCUUCUACGGGGAAAUUAUUUUUAGAUUGCAAAGAUUUGCUUUUCAAAGUAACUCCCUGAAAAUGUCAUAUUUAAGUGGACAUGCGAGCGCUGAGGCGGCCGUUAGCAUUUCUCCUGACAGCAUGAACUCCCAUGAACCACCGACAGAAAGCAUCAUGCGGCCUCGAGUGAUGGGUUUUAUCCUCAGCAUCGCUUCUGGCCUCAUCAUCUCCACCAACCUGCUUGUGGCCGCCGCUCUCCUGAAGCUGCUCCUGAAGAAGAGGAGCCAGAGCUGGGUCUUCGUCCUCAAUUUAGCACUAGCCGACGCCCUGGUGGGAGUGGCCAUCACCGGCCUCGCCACCGAGGACUUCAAUGUCAAUAGCGUCACUUCUGAUCCUCCAACAAACUCAGAGCCUCCAGCCAGAGCUCAGGGAAAGAUCAGGUGUUUGAUGCGGAUGGCCUUCGUGACGUCGCCCUGCACAGCAUCCAUCAUGUCCAUGUUCCUCAUCUCGCUGGAUCGCUACGCAGCCAUCAAGAUGCCCCUGAGAUACUCCCAGCUGGCGGGGAAGGGGACAGCGGUCGGGUCCCUGCUGGCUCUCUGGAUCAGCUCCCCUCACCCUGGGGUUCUGCCAGUGAUGGUGCGGCAGCUCCAGGCGAAGGAUUACGGCGGCUACUGUGCCUUUUUCUCCGUCAUUAACCACAUGGGCAUAAUCAUGUUGUUCAGCGCGUGCUUCUUCCCCGUGCUCUCUGUAUUCGUUUACAUCUACCUGGACAUCCUGAAGAUCGCCUGCAGCCACCAGAAGCAGAUCUGCCAAGUUAGCAGGCCGGUUGCGAGGACGGGUGACCGCCAAGAUUACGAGAACCAUCACCACCAGCCACACCAGCAGCUGAGGAGCCACUACUGGAGCCACGUCAAGGCCCUGAGGACAGUGGGGGUGUUAGUGGGCUGCUUCUUGGUCCUCUGGUGCCCCUUCUUUGUGGCAUGUAUCGUGCAUCUUCUGUGUGAAAGCUGCCAACUCAAAGGCGUCUUAGAGAAUUAUUUGUGGUUGUUGGGACUGUCGAACUCUCUGAUCAACCCCCUGGUGUACGCCUUCUGGCAAAGGGAGGUGCGACUGCAGUUAGCCUCCUUGUGCUCCUGCUUUAGGGCGUUGGCUGCUAGGCCUCCAUGUUUCACAGAGAGAUGUGACCCCCAGCCUCCUGUGCUGAAUCAAGCUGGUGCUCCUGCUGGAGAAAACCUCAACCCCGGUCGUUGUUGCGGGCGAUUUCAGUCAACGACAAGGCCCAACUGUGCCACUAUCUGUCUCCACCGGAUUGUGAAAGGAACCAGUGAAAAGGUGGCAACAAAAACAUGGCUAGACAGAGAGUCAUUGUUAAUUUCAGAUAAUGGAAACUAUUGAUGUGUUUCAAAUUGUGUAGUACUACUGUUCUUUGGCUUGCUGUUUUGAGUGUGUAAGUGAGUCCCAAUGCAAAGUAUGUCAAAAUGCUCUAAGAACCUGAAUUGUGCACUCAAAACAGUCAAAUAAUAUGAGUGUGGGACGCUGCACACAUCUCACACUUAAAAACCGCCAUUUGGCUACGUAAAGGAAGUUGGUAAGACAAGCAGU